CGUGAGCAGCCGCAGCACCCAAACUGUUCAUUCACUGGAGUCACCAAAGUAACUUUUUGGGUGGUUUUGCUUGUCUUAUCAGGCCUAAACUGUGCACUUUUUACAGCCUCGAGGGAUGCGGGUUGGGGAUGGACCGGUUGCCAUGGAAAUGGACUCUCAUCAUUCAGCAGCUGGGCAGAAAACAAAGUGACCUCUGACUGCGGCUGAAACUGCUUCCAGCUGAGCGUCUGACUGACUUUUAAUGUUGCUGGAGGGGUUGUGUGUAUCUGUGUGGUGUUACAGUUGAAUCAGAGACAUGCCGAGGACCAAAUCCUCCCAUGGUGAGUUUCCAGACUCUGAUCCAGAGGAUUUAUCAGAGGAGCUGACAGAGGAGGUGUGUGUGGAGUCAGAGCUGCAGGACGGACAGAUGAUGGAGGUUGAAGUGGGUCGUCACACCGUGUUGUUGGCACGUACCGAUGGAAAAUACAGCGCCAUCGGUAACCAGUGCACACAUUACGGAGCUCCACUGAGCAAAGGAGUUCUUACUGGCCAAAGAGUGCGCUGUCCGUGGCACGGCUCCUGUUUUAACGUCCAAACUGGAGAUCUGGAGGAGUUUCCCGGCAUAGACUGUUUACCUUGUCACAAGGUCAAUAUUCGAAACAGCAAAGUGUAUGUGUCUGUAAAUAAAAAGUCUCUCAGGCAGCAAAAAAGAAUAAAGAGUAUGGGAACGGCAGAACCAGGAGUGACUCACACUGUGCUGCUGCUGGGAGGAGGAGCUGCAUCACUGAUCUGCGCUGAGAUUCUGCGGCAGGAAAACUUCGGUGGAAGAAUCAUCAUGGUGACCAGAGACGACCUUUUACCUUACGACAAAACCCGUCUGAGCAAGGUAAUGAAUGUGGAGAGUGAAACCAUCCUGCUGAGGAGGGCGGAGUUUUUCCAACAAUAUGACAUUGAGGUGUGGCUCAAGAAAGAAGCGCUUUCCAUGGACACAGACAUGAAGACAGUCACAUUUAAUGAUGGUUCAGUGCAGAGCUACGACCAUCUCCUCAUCUCCACAGGCUGCAGAGCAAAGGGUCUGGAUGUGCCGGGCAUCAAGUUGGACAACGUCAAGAUGCUGGAGACACCAGAGGAUGCCCGACAAAUCCACGCUGCCUGUCAGGGCAGCAACAUCGUCCUCGUGGGAACCUCCUUUGUUGGUAUGGAGGUUGCAUCUUAUAUGAUAGGUAAAGCCUCCAGUAUCACAGUAAUCGGCAGCAGUGAGCUUCCGUAUCAAAACACACUGGGCCGUGAAAUCGGCAGAGUCACCAUGAUGAUGCUGUCGGAGAAGGGCGUGAAGUUCUACAUGAAUGACAGUGUGACAGAGGUCAAAGGUGUGAAUGGAAAGGUGAAGGAGGUUGUGCUAAAAAGUGGGACAGUUAUCCCAGCAGAUGUUUUGAUUGUUGGUGUUGGCAGCAUCCCAAACUCAGAGUUCCUACAAGGCACCAAAAUACAGAUGAAUGCGAAAAACUUUGUUAUUGUCGACAAGUGCAUGCGGACCAACGUCCCCGAUGUGUUCAGUGGAGGAGACGUGGUCACCUUCCCACUGGCGAUGGCCAACAACCAGCUGGUGACCAUCGGACACUGGCAGAUGGCACAAGCACACGGGAGAACAGUAGCUCUGAACAUACUGAACAAACAAAGUGAACUCAACUCAGUUCCUUACUACUGGACCGUCCUACUGGGGAAAACCAUCCGAUAUACAGGCUACGGGGAGGGAUACACUGAUAUUGUAAUCAAAGGAAGCUUUGAGCAGAGGAAGUUCCUGGCUUUGUACAUCAAGAACGACGAGGUGAUAGCAGCAGCGGGUCUAAACUACGAUCCAGUCGUGUCUGCAGUAGCUGAGAGGCUCACAGCAAGAAAAGUCAUCACAAAGAAAGAGGCUCAAUCAGAUGACCAGAGCUGGCAGCAGUUGUCCUGAUCAACACUUUCCUCCACUUGUACAUCAUCUAUACAGAGUUCACAUGCAGCCUCAGAGUCCUUCCUCCGUCUCUGCACCGAGGACGAGGUCACCUGAAUUCAACUGUUUCAAUCAGAGGAGACACAGUGGAGGUUGUGUUUACAGCUCGGUGCAGAAGUAUUGGAUUUAAACUGUACGUCAUGCAGUCGGUGUUCAUGUGAGGGGGAGUCCACGUGUAAACAACAGAUACCUCAAAUGGAUGCAGCUUUUGACACUUCUUUUUUUAAUCUAAUAUGUGUCAUUAUUUCAUUUUAACUUCAUGGACUCGUGUCUCCAGGUGACAGUCCAGAGACAUCACAUUUAAGAUGCCUCGCUGUGUCCUCUGAUGUUAAUAUUACAAAGCUGCCUUUUACUUGGAUGGGGCUGCUGGGGAAAAAAAAAACACAAGUGACCUUAAUAGCCGACUGCAGCCGUGUUCGUGGUCCGGCUGGUGAGUCGGAGGGGAGGAUUAGGAGAACAGAGGGGGGAGCGUUCAGCGCUUUGAAACAGAGGUGCUGAAACAGGCAACAGUGACAAAACACAGGCAACAAAAGGCCUUCGGCAAACAGCAAACAAAAGGAACCGUGACAAAACCUUCACAAAAGAAAUGCUGUGUUUUUCUCUCUUCUCCCCCUCGGUCUCUCUGCUGGUGUAUCGCUGUCUUUACUUCACACCUGGGCUUUCAUUCUCCACAUGUCACAGCAUCCAGAGCUCUUCUAGGCCUGCAGCGAUUCUCAGAUCUGAGGUCUGAAGGCGCUGCUGGCUUUUUCUCUGUACUUUUGUUUUUUGUCAAUUGUGACAACUAUGAUCUUGAUAUAAUCCAAAGCAAAAAUUCAACUGUAUCUAAAUUGAAAUCAGCAUUUUAAGUUAAAUGUUUUCUCACCCUUUUUUUUAAUAUGGAUCUGAAUUAUUGAUUAAAAAAAAUGUAUCACAGUAUGGACUGAUGUUCUCACCAGGCAGCAACAUUGGCAUUAAAAAAACUGUGACAUUCGAAAAAUUUCAUAUAAUCCAACAAUAUACAUCACGAUUAUAACUCUCUCUCCACCUCCAUACACUGCUAUUUUUCAGUUUAUUUCAUUUUCCAAAAAAGAGACAAAACCACAAAAUAAACAACUUUAAAAAUUAAUUUGACUUAGCAUUUUUUUCUGAUUUUCCACAGACAUUGUCUUAAUGUGACUACAAUAAAUAUGCAGUAACUAUGACAGCUGUAGUAUGGACAAAUAUUUACCUUAGUAUAAUACACUUAUUGCGUAUAAAUUGUUAUUUUGAGAUGAAACUAUUAUUACUUUUGGCUAACAGUGGGAAUUGAACAUCAGGAAAAUCUAUGUUCUUUACCGCACUAAAGCUCAUAAACGAACUGCUUAAGAUCACAGAUAAGUAAAGACAUACCUGACCCAUUUUAUUACACAUUGGAGUUUGAUUUUCAAAGUUAAUUGCAAAACAAUUUCCCUGUUUCUGUUCAUUUUACUGGCAGAAAGCCGCGCUGACCGCCCUGUCUGUCCUGCAUCCUCACAGCAAUUCACAACAUAAAAUAUAUCCAUCAAAAACAGCCUUAAGCCUUUAUUUCCAUCCAUACACAUUCCUACAGAAAAGAAUUUGGCUUAUUAUGAAUUCUUGAGGUACGAGAAUUAUACCUGUUCUCCUGGGGAACAAGUGGAAGAUUCAUCUCCUGAAGAAGAGGCUGAAUUAUCUUGUUAGCUUUGUUAUCAUCGCAAACAGAAACAACAGCGGUGAACUCGUCAUUUAAACUUUUUUGUUAUAUUUGUUCAAGUAUUAAAAAAGAAAAUCUCAGGCUCAA